AUGCCCGCGCAGCCGCGAAAGAAGAGGGCAGCAGGCAUCAUCCUGGAUGGUGAUGUGGACGAGGAUGACGAGGAUUCAGAGGACACAGAAGCAGUUGUGCCCGGCUUAGUGGGAGGCCUGGACCUGGACAAGAUCAUUGACAGCAGCGAGGCCGCUUUGCCUUCCACGUUUGAGGGCUCGUCUGGGAAGACAACAACCUCCUGGCUCAUACGUGGGAUUUUUGAGGAGUGGGGAAAGCUGACGGGCAUGGUGGGCAGCAUAGAGAACGCGCUCUAUGCUGACAAGCUCGACACUGAGGGAGACCUCUGGGCGCCAGAUGAGGCUGACCCUACUCUGGACAGGGAUUGCAGCGCUGCCUUCCAUCUGACUCCCUACCAGGGCAAGUACGAGGCCCCCAACGAGGCACCAGACGGCCUGGAGGUGCAGAAGCUACUGGCUGGCAUGGCCGACAGGGGAGCAGAUGUGGCGGUUGUCGAGUGCAAUCCUGAGGGGCUGGACCAGGGCAGGAUGGACCAUGUGGACCUGAACAUAGCAGUGUUCACCAACCUGGCCACGGACGCGGCGGAGGAUGGAGACUUUGAGGAGCUGUUGGAAGCUCAGGGCGCCAUCUUCAGGCGGCUGACUGACCCAACCACGCAGCGCGCCAUCAUCAAUCUCGAUGACCCUUACGCGGACGACAUCCGUGCAUUUGCCGCGCAAGUGCCGGUGGUGACGUAUGCGAUGUACAACAAGAGUGCGGAUGUGUGGCCGGAGAAGAUGCGCUUCAGCAUGUGGGAGACGGAGAUCAAGGUGCAGACGCCGGUGGGGCCGCUGCUCAUCAUCACGCCCCUCAUCGGCCGCCACAACGUGUACAACAUCCUCGCUGCAGUCGCUGUCGGCCUGGCCGUCACCGUGGACGGCGAUCCCAUCCCACUGAAGACGAUUGUGCAGGGGAUUGAGGCGACAGAGAUUGUGCCGGGCCGCUGCGAGGUGAUCGAUGAGGACCAGCCAUUCGGGUGUGUGGUGGAUGCGGCAGACACGCCGGCGGCGCUGUCGCGUCUGAUGGACGGCCUGCGCGAGUGCCACCCCAAGCGCCUCAUCCUCGUCCUGGGCUGCCCGGGUGAACAGGACCAGGGCAAGCGCCCCUUUAUGGGCGAGAUUGCCCACUACAAGGCUGACUUGGUCAUCAUGACAAAUGACAGCCCGCGGGGGGAGGCGCCGAACGAGAUCAUUGCAGACAUGGUGGCCGGCUACCCGGACAGCAUCCUCAAGCGGAACGCCUCCGUCCCCUACCAGCCUGGCUUCCUGCAGGACCCCGGCCGAGUGGACUACAACGCCCUCGAAUUUUUCUGGCACAACUGCUACGAGUACCGGAGAUAUGUGGUGGAGGACAGGUGGACGGCGAUCCGGUGGGCAAUCGGAUCAGCACAAACGGAUGACUGCGUUGUCAUUGCCGGCAGAGGCCACAAGGACUUUGUGGAGUGGGGCAUCGAUGGCGAGAACUUGCGGGGUUGGUUCGAUGACCGUGUGGAGGCUCGCAACGCUCUGGCCAAGGUGGCCAAGCUGUGGCAGAUCAGCGGCUUUGACCAUGCAGAGCUGCCGUGGAUGGAUGUUGGCGAGCGCGAGGGCCGCAUUUUCAACAAGCUGCUUGUGUGA